UGAGUAGCUUUACAUUUUCCGGGUACAUAUUAUGUUUAUAAACUAACGACUAGUGAUAUUCCCAAUGAUAAUUAAUAAUGGGAUUGUUAACAGUGCUUAAGAAACUGAAGCAAAAGGAGAAAGAAAUGCGUAUUUUAAUGCUAGGUUUAGAUAAUGCUGGUAAGACAACAGUUUUAAAGAGACUUAAUGGAGAACCAAUUGAUACAAUAUCACCAACUCUUGGUUUUAAUAUUAAAACUUUGGAACAUCGUGGAUACAAACUAAAUAUAUGGGAUGUGGGUGGACAAAAGUCAUUACGGUCUUAUUGGAGAAAUUAUUUUGAAUCUACAGAUGGUCUUGUGUGGGUAAUUGACAGCGCAGAUAGAAGAAGAUUGGAGGAUUGUAAGACAGAAUUAUAUAAACUUUUACAAGAAGAGAGAUUAGAAGGUGCAAGUUUAUUAAUACUUGCGAAUAAACAAGAUUUGCCUGGAGCACUGUCUGCAUUUGAUAUUGCAGAAAUUUUGGAAUUACCUAAUAUUAAAACCCAUCAUUGGCAAAUAUACAAAUGUUCAGCAGUUACAGCAGAAAAUCUUGUGGAAGGAAUAAAUUGGAUUGUUGAUGAUAUUUCUGCUAGAAUAUUUUACAUAGAUUGAUAUUAAGAAAUGCAUCAAAUUUUAGAAUCUAUAUCACUACUAUUACAAUUCUUUGUAAUUUUUUGUAUUGUAACACUUAUUUCGUAUUCGUUAAAAAGCAUAAAUGUAAUUUAAUUAUAUUUUAUUUAAAUUAAUAAAGUUAGAGUAUUGUAAUAAA